GCAUGCUGUUUUCUGACAGUGGGUACCAUCGAGUGAGUGAGUGUCAGAACAGAAAGCUAAGGCAGAAGCUGAGAGCAUGCAGUGAUCGCCCUGUCUUGGCUUUUCCUCUUUAGUAAGAAUAUUAUUAUGGCACAUGUGAGAUUUUACUUUCUGCUGUAGGCUGAAUUCUAGAAACCGUCAUUGGCGACUGUUAUAUUCAAGACGCACAUGGAUUCUGUGCUAUGAUUACCAUUCCCUUUAUUUCAGCACUUUCUUAUGCGAGGAGCUAAACAGUGAUUAAAGAAGCAGGAUGAAAAGAUGGCACAAUCAGUGCUGGUACCGCCAGGACCUGACAGCUUCCGCUUCUUUACCAGGGAAUCCCUUGCUGCUAUUGAACAACGCAUUGCAGAAGAGAAAGCUAAGAGACCCAAACAGGAACGCAAGGACGAAGAUGAUGAAAAUGGCCCAAAGCCAAACAGUGACUUGGAAGCAGGAAAAUCCCUUCCUUUUAUUUAUGGAGACAUUCCUCCAGAGAUGGUGUCAGAGCCCCUGGAGGACCUGGAUCCCUACUAUAUCAAUAAGAAAACCUUUAUAGUAUUGAAUAAAGGGAAAGCAAUCUCCCGGUUCAGCGCCACCUCCGCCCUGUACAUUUUAACUCCCUUCAACCCCAUUAGAAAAAUAGCUAUUAAGAUUUUGGUACAUUCUUUAUUCAAUGUGCUUAUCAUGUGCACAAUUCUUACCAACUGUGUAUUUAUGACCAUGAGUAACCCUCCAGACUGGACAAAGAAUGUGGAGUAUACUUUUACAGGAAUUUAUACUUUUGAAUCACUUAUUAAAAUACUUGCAAGGGGCUUUUGUCUAGAAGAUUUCACAUUUCUACGGGAUCCCUGGAAUUGGCUGGAUUUCACAGUCAUUACUUUUGCAUAUGUGACAGAGUUUGUGGACCUGGGCAAUGUCUCAGCGCUGAGAACGUUCAGAGUUCUCCGAGCAUUGAAAACAAUAUCAGUCAUUCCAGGCCUGAAGACCAUCGUGGGGGCCCUGAUACAGUCGGUGAAGAAGCUGUCUGACGUCAUGAUCCUCACUGUGUUCUGUCUCAGUGUGUUCGCACUAAUUGGGCUGCAGCUCUUCAUGGGCAACCUGCGGAAUAAAUGCUUGCAGUGGCCCCCAGACAAUUCUACCUUUGACAUGAACAUCACUUCCUUCUAUAAUAAUUCAUUGGAUUGGAAUGGUACUGCCUUCAAUAGGACAAUGAACAUGUUUAACUGGGAUGAAUAUAUUGAAGAUAAAAGUCACUUUUAUUUUUUGGAAGGACAAAACGAUGCUCUGCUUUGUGGCAACAGCUCAGAUGCUGGCCAGUGUCCGGAAGGAUACAUCUGUGUGAAGGCUGGGAGAAACCCCAACUACGGCUAUACGAGUUUUGAUACCUUCAGCUGGGCCUUCUUGUCCUUAUUUCGUCUUAUGACUCAAGACUUCUGGGAAAACCUUUAUCAGCUGACCUUGCGUGCUGCUGGGAAAACAUAUAUGAUAUUUUUUGUGCUCGUGAUUUUCUUGGGUUCAUUCUACUUAAUAAACUUGAUCCUGGCUGUGGUGGCCAUGGCCUACGAGGAACAGAACCAGGCCACACUGGAGGAAGCUGAACAAAAGGAGGCGGAGUUUCAGCAGAUGCUGGAGCAACUUAAGAAGCAGCAGGAAGAGGCUCAGGCAGCAGCUGCCGCAGCGUCCGCAGAAUCCAGAGACUUCAGCGGAGCAGGUGGGAUAGGCGUUUUCUCGGAGAGUUCUUCAGUAGCAUCAAAGUUAAGUUCCAAGAGUGAAAAGGAGCUGAAAAACAGAAGAAAGAAAAAGAAACAGAAAGAGCAGGCUGGAGAGGAAGAGAAGGAAGAUGCAGUGAGGAAAUCUGCCUCUGAAGACAGCAUACGAAAGAAAGGCUUCCGGUUUUCCCUAGAAGGAAGUAGACUGACCUACGAGAAGAGGUUUUCCUCUCCACACCAGUCUCUCUUGAGCAUCAGAGGCUCCCUUUUUUCUCCAAGACGCAACAGUAGAGCAAGCCUUUUCAGCUUCAAAGGUCGAGUGAAGGAUAUUGGUUCUGAAAAUGACUUCGCCGACGAUGAACACAGCACGUUUGAGGACAACGACAGCAGGAGAGACUCCCUAUUUGUACCACACAGACAUGGAGAAAGACGUCCCAGCAACGUCAGCCAAGCCAGCCGUGCCUCCCGGGGAAUACCCACUCUCCCCAUGAAUGGGAAGAUGCACAGUGCAGUGGAUUGCAAUGGCGUGGUCUCCCUGGUUGGAGGCCCUUCUGCGCUCACAUCUCCUGUGGGACAGCUACUACCAGAGGGCACAACUACUGAGACAGAAAUAAGGAAGAGGAGGUCCAGUUCUUACCAUGUUUCUAUGGACUUGUUGGAAGACCCUACAUCAAGGCAAAGAGCAAUGAGCAUGGCCAGCAUUCUGACCAACACUAUGGAAGAACUUGAAGAAUCCAGACAGAAAUGCCCUCCCUGCUGGUAUAAAUUUGCUAAUAUGUGCCUGAUUUGGGACUGUUGUAAGCCAUGGCUAAAGGUAAAACACGUUGUCAAUCUGGUAGUGAUGGAUCCAUUUGUUGACCUGGCCAUCACCAUCUGCAUUGUGUUAAACACUCUCUUCAUGGCCAUGGAGCACUACCCCAUGACUGAGCAGUUCAGCAGUGUGCUGUCUGUUGGGAAUUUGGUCUUCACUGGGAUCUUCACAGCUGAAAUGUUUCUCAAGAUUAUAGCUAUGGAUCCAUAUUAUUACUUCCAAGAAGGCUGGAAUAUCUUUGAUGGCUUUAUAGUGAGCCUUAGUUUAAUGGAGCUCGGCUUGGCAAAUGUGGAAGGAUUGUCAGUUCUCCGAUCAUUCCGGCUGCUUAGAGUCUUCAAAUUGGCAAAAUCCUGGCCCACACUGAAUAUGCUCAUUAAGAUCAUUGGCAACUCAGUGGGUGCACUGGGCAACCUGACCCUGGUGUUGGCCAUCAUUGUCUUCAUUUUUGCCGUGGUCGGCAUGCAGCUGUUUGGAAAGAGCUACAAGGAGUGUGUCUGCAAGAUUUCCAAUGAUUGUGAACUCCCACGCUGGCACAUGCACGACUUCUUCCACUCCUUCCUGAUCGUGUUCCGUGUGCUGUGUGGGGAGUGGAUAGAGACCAUGUGGGAUUGCAUGGAGGUCGCGGGCCAGACCAUGUGCCUUACUGUCUUCAUGAUGGUCAUGGUGAUUGGGAACCUUGUCGUUCUGAACCUCUUCUUGGCCUUACUCCUCAGUUCUUUCAGCUCGGACAACCUGGCUGCCACAGAUGACGAUAACGAAAUGAACAACCUCCAGAUAGCCGUGGGAAGGAUGCAGAAGGGAAUUGACUUUGUUAAAAGGAAGAUUCGUGAGUUCAUUCAGAAAGCCUUUGUCGGAAAGCAGAAAGCUUUAGAUGAAAUCAAACCCCUUGAAGAUCUGAAUAACAAGAAAGACAGUUGUAUCUCCAACCACACAACCAUAGAAAUAGGCAAGGACCUCAAUUACCUCAAAGAUGGAAAUGGGACGACCAGUGGCAUAGGAAGCAGUGUGGAGAAGUACGUGGUAGAUGAGAGUGAUUACAUGUCGUUCAUAAACAACCCCAGCCUCACUGUGACCGUGCCCAUUGCCGUUGGAGAGUCUGACUUUGAAAACUUAAAUACAGAAGAAUUCAGCAGUGAAUCAGAUAUGGAAGAAAGCAAGGAGAAAUUGAAUGCAACUAGUUCAUCUGAGGGCAGUACAGUUGAUAUAGGUGCUCCGGCAGAGGGAGAGCAACCAGAAGCUGAACCAGAAGAGUCCCUUGAGCCAGAAGCCUGUUUCACAGAAGACUGUGUGAGAAAGUUCAAGUGUUGUCAGAUAAGCAUAGAAGAGGGCAAAGGCAAACUCUGGUGGAACUUGAGGAAAACGUGCUACAAGAUAGUAGAGCACAACUGGUUUGAAACCUUCAUCGUCUUCAUGAUUCUACUCAGCAGCGGUGCUCUGGCCUUUGAAGACAUUUACAUCGAGCAGCGAAAGACCAUCAAGACCAUGCUGGAAUAUGCUGACAAGGUCUUCACGUACAUCUUCAUCCUAGAGAUGCUUCUAAAGUGGGUUGCAUAUGGAUUCCAAAUGUACUUCACCAAUGCCUGGUGCUGGCUGGACUUCCUGAUCGUUGAUGUCUCACUGGUUAGCUUAACUGCAAAUGCCUUGGGCUACUCAGAACUUGGUGCCAUCAAAUCUCUCCGAACAUUAAGAGCACUGAGGCCUCUACGAGCCUUAUCCCGAUUUGAAGGAAUGAGGGUUGUUGUAAAUGCUCUCCUAGGCGCCAUCCCAUCCAUAAUGAAUGUACUUCUGGUCUGCCUGAUCUUUUGGCUAAUAUUCAGUAUCAUGGGAGUGAAUCUCUUUGCUGGCAAGUUCUAUCAUUGCAUCAACUACACCACUGGGGAAAUGUUUGAUGUGAGCGUGGUCAACAACUACAGUGAAUGCCAAGCUCUCAUAGACAGCAAUCAGACAGCCAGGUGGAAGAAUGUGAAAGUCAACUUCGACAAUGUGGGACUUGGAUAUCUUUCUCUGCUUCAAGUAGCCACAUUUAAAGGAUGGAUGGAUAUCAUGUAUGCAGCUGUUGACUCAAGAAAUGUAGAACUGCAACCCAAAUAUGAAGACAAUCUAUACAUGUACCUUUACUUUGUCAUCUUUAUUAUUUUUGGCUCAUUCUUCACACUAAACCUGUUCAUCGGUGUCAUCAUAGAUAACUUCAACCAGCAGAAAAAGAAGUUUGGAGGUCAAGACAUUUUUAUGACAGAAGAACAGAAGAAAUACUACAAUGCAAUGAAGAAGUUGGGCUCAAAGAAACCGCAAAAACCGAUACCUCGUCCUGCUAACAAAUUUCAAGGAAUGGUCUUUGAUUUUGUAACCAAACAAGUCUUUGAUAUCAGUAUCAUGAUCCUCAUCUGCCUCAACAUGGUGACCAUGAUGGUGGAAACGGAUGACCAGAGUCAGGAGAUGACCAACAUCCUGUACUGGAUCAACCUGGUGUUCAUUGUCCUGUUCACAGGAGAGUGCGUGCUGAAGCUAAUCUCCCUCCGCUAUUAUUAUUUCACCAUUGGAUGGAAUAUUUUUGAUUUUGUGGUGGUCAUUCUCUCCAUUGUAGGAAUGUUUCUUGCUGAGCUGAUAGAGAAGUAUUUUGUGUCCCCUACCCUGUUCCGAGUCAUCCGCUUGGCCAGGAUUGGACGAAUCCUACGCCUGAUCAAAGGCGCCAAGGGGAUCCGCACGCUGCUCUUUGCUCUGAUGAUGUCCCUUCCUGCGCUGUUCAACAUCGGCCUCCUGCUUUUCCUGGUCAUGUUCAUCUACGCCAUCUUUGGGAUGUCCAACUUUGCCUACGUUAAGAGGGAAGUUGGGAUUGAUGACAUGUUCAACUUUGAGACCUUUGGCAACAGCAUGAUCUGCCUGUUCCAAAUCACCACCUCUGCGGGCUGGGAUGGACUGCUGGCCCCUAUACUAAAUAGUGGACCGCCUGACUGUGACCCUGAAAAGGAUCACCCUGGAAGCUCAGUGAAGGGAGACUGUGGCAACCCAUCUGUGGGGAUUUUCUUUUUUGUCAGCUACAUCAUCAUAUCCUUCCUGGUUGUGGUGAACAUGUACAUCGCUGUCAUUCUGGAGAACUUCAGUGUUGCCACUGAAGAAAGUGCAGAGCCCCUGAGUGAGGACGACUUUGAGAUGUUCUACGAGGUCUGGGAGAAGUUCGACCCUGAUGCCACUCAGUUCAUAGAGUUCUGCAAGCUCUCUGACUUUGCAGCAGCUCUGGAUCCUCCCCUCCUCAUCGCAAAGCCAAACAAAGUCCAGCUCAUUGCCAUGGACCUGCCCAUGGUGAGUGGGGACCGCAUCCACUGCCUGGACAUCUUAUUUGCUUUUACAAAGCGUGUCUUGGGUGAGAGCGGAGAGAUGGAUGCUCUUCGAAUCCAGAUGGAAGAGCGGUUCAUGGCUUCCAAUCCCUCCAAGGUCUCUUAUGAGCCCAUUACCACCACUCUGAAACGCAAACAAGAGGAGGUAUCUGCUAUUGUCAUCCAGAGAGCAUACAGGCGCUAUCUCCUGAAGCAGAAAGUUAAGAAGGUUUCGUCUAUAUAUAAAAAAGACAAAGGUAAAGAAGAUGAGGGGACACCCAUCAAAGAAGACAUCAUCACUGAUAAACUGAAUGAGAAUUCAACUCCAGAGAAGACUGAUGUGACACCUUCCACCACUUCCCCACCUUCCUACGAUAGCGUGACCAAACCGGAGAAGGAAAAAUUUGAAAAGGACAAAUCGGAAAAAGAGGACAAGGGGAAAGAUAUCAGGGAAAGUAAAAAGUAAAAAAGAAAGAAAGAAAGAAAAUUAAUGAAAAUUAAAAAUUAAAAAAAAAAGAAUAUUCCAUUUUGUGAUCAACUGUUUACAGCCUGUGUUGGUGAUGUAUCUGUGACUCCCUCAGGAGGUCUAUGCCAAACUGACUGUUUCUAUAAGUGUAUACUUAAGGUCAGUGCCUAUAACAAGACAGGACCUCGGGUCAGCAAAGUGGGACUCACCAAACUAGACAAAGUGCACCGACAGGAGGCUUCUGUUUCACAACCAGCUGACAUAGCUGAAGAGCAGAGAGCAAUGGCUACUCAGACCAGAGGAACAUGGAAAUGGGGAGGAAAGUUAAAUUUUUAUGUAAAUUUAACUCGUGACACUUGAUAGCAUUAAUUGUCACCACUGUUUGUGUUUUAACUGCCACACCUGCCAUAUUUUUACAAAAUGUGUGCUGUGACUUUUUCUUUUUUUAAAUUCACGGGUUGUUUACUCUUAUAUGUGACUAUUUUUGUAACCGGGUUUUCGUUUGGGGAGAGGGAUUAAGGAGGGGAUUCUACAUUUCUCUAUGUAUAAUGAGAUCUAUUUUCAAUGAAGGCAUGCUGCAGUUCUCAUUCACACCUGACAAUAUCCCAUCAUACACGGAAAGAGUUUACUUCUCAUUUCAGGAUGUUUUUAGAUUUUUUGAGGUGCUUAAAUAGCUAUUCAUAUCUUUAAGGUGUUUCAUCCAGAAGAAUUUUAAUGUGCCUGUAAAUGUUCCAUAGAGUCACAACCAUCAAAGAGUUGUUUUAUUUUUACAUAGUUCAUUAUAUGUACAUGUAUAUAUGUAUAUAUGUAUAUGGCCGUGUAUAUACAUAUAUAUGUAUAUACACAUGCAUACAUAUGCACACACAGACCAUCACAUGCUCAGAGUCCUGGCAGCAUGACUAUAACAUUUUUUGAUAAGUGUCCUUUGGUAAAAACAAAAUAAAAAAUAUAUAUAUAUAUAUCCUAUCAGUCCUUUCUAAGAAGCCCAAACUACCAAAAACCAUCCCCACAGCCACUUUCUGAAGUUGGUUCUGCUUUUUUUCCUGCAGUAUUGUUUAGCCAUCUUCUGCUCUUGGUAAGGUUGACAUAGCGUAUGUCAAUUUAAAAAAAAAAAAAGUCUGCUUUGUAAAUAGUAAUUUUACCCAGUGGUGCAUGUUUGAGCCAACGAAAAUGAUUUAAGCACAGUAUUUACUGCAUCAAAUAUGUACCACAGUUAAGUAUAGUUUGCAAACUUUCAACAGGCGACAUGAUGUCAUUGGUUCCCUUAGAGUUUGAAGCUGUCACUGCUGCAUGUCUCCCUUGCUGAUGCUGCUGUAUCUUAACCCUUCUGCUCUUCAGAAGUCUAGUAGGGAAGCCAUAUGUCAGAGGUGGAGUGAGGAAGACCGGUCCAUCAGGAACUCAUUCUUCACGACACUGAGCAAUGCAUUGCAGUAAACAAGGAAGAAGUCCCGUUCUUUGUUCCCCAACCCUUAAUUGAACACUCCUGUGAGACCUCUGACGGUGUAAACAAGUGGCAGGCUGCUUAGAUCUGUUGAAGGUAUAUGGUUAGAGUUUUCUAAGGAAAUAUACAUAUUGUAAAAAAAAAAAAAAAGGGAAGGGGUUCAUUUUAUUUUAUUUUAUUUCAAAGCCUUUUGUACAUUAAAAGUAUCUUCAGGUUGAUGUCAUAGUUCUCUCAUUAGUUUCUGUUCCUGGCACUUUUUAAUUAAGGCACUCCGUCAAGAAAGAGAUAAGGCCGAAGAGGCAGUAUAGGGCUCUGCUGUCGUUGUUGGUACUGUGGACUUGCACAUACUUCCACUUGAACCAAUUCUCAUUCCAAGUCUAAUGUCCAUUUGCUUUCAAUAGUGAUGCCUUAUCAUUGACAAGAGAUUUCAAGGGGAGCAGAUGAUAGAUACUCUUGGCAUUGCCUAAGUAGGAUGUCCUCACCUAGCCUCCCCGCCCCCACACACUUAUCCAUCUUCUUAAUGUUCGUUUACACAGAUAGAUAGAUGGAUAGAUAGAAUCUUACUGACCCACAUGGCACUAGAGCUGUAUCAGAUAUGAUUUGGAAACCAAGUUUUCUCUCUCUCUCUCUCUCUCUCUCUCUCUCUCUCUCUCUCUCACGCACUCAAUCUGUUUUCCACAAAACCAGUUAGUGAAAUGAUCUUACCAAUCACAAACAUUUUGUUUCACAAAAACAACCUUCAAUGUAGAUUCUUUAUACUAAAGCUGUUGACUUGUAGUGUGUUGAUGAAUGCAUGCGGGAAAAUGCUAUUUACCAUACAGAGCUACUGGUAAGCCACAAGCCACAUUACAAUCAAGCCAAAAUAAUAAAGUUUUUUUUUUUUGCUUUGGUUUCUGUAUUUAUUGUUUUGUCUGUGUUUCUAUCCUCGAGAUGCCAGUUAGAGGUAAAUUUCUAUCAUGUAAAAAUGAUCUAUCUGAAAAAUUUAAAUGUAAAAAAAGUACACAUUAAGUAUAAUAAUUCAUCUUUAAAUUUUUCAUGGAAUGGAAACUAAGAAGAAUGUAUUGGAUAUCUAGUUUUAAUAUUGGCCAAAAAAACACAGCUAUGGUACCAGGUAGAGUAGUGGAAAGUUACAAAAAAUUAAUAAAAAAAAAUUGACUAACA